AUGGGUAUUGACCUUAAGCACCACCACGUGAAGAACACAAACCGUACCGCUCCCAAGUCGGAGAACGUGUACCAGGCUUUGUUGGUCAAGCUCUACCGUUUCUUGGCUCGCCGUACUGAUGCCAACUUUAACAAGGUUGUGUUGAAGCGUCUCUUUAUGUCGCGCAUCAACCGUCCUUCCGUCACCGUCUCGCGCUUGGUCAAGACUGCUCAGGAAGGCAAGACCACGGUCGUUGUCGGUUCUGUCACCGAUGACUCGCGUCUUUUGGAAGUUCCUAAGCUUUCCGUUGCCGCUCUUCGUGUCACAAAGACCGCCAAGGCCAAAAUCUUAAAGGCCGGUGGUGAGAUCCUUACCUUGGAUCAACUGGCUCUCCGUGCCCCCACGGGUUCCAACACUGUCUUGAUCCGUGGUGCCAAGAACAGCCGUGAGUCCGUCAAGCACUUUGGCAUGGGCCCUCACAAGAACAAGAAGCCCUUUGUCCGCUCCAAGGGCCGCAAGUUCGAGCGUGCUCGUGGUAAACGCCAGAGCCGUGGUUUCAAGGUCUAA